GAAAACCUUACGUCCCCUUUUACCCUUUCCAUUCUCCGACGGCAUCCUUUUUAGGUGCACAUCGCAAGAAAGCGAUACCUAGGCAGCACGAGAAGGGGCCGAGCACGAUUUAUUUUUGAUGUGCCCAACACCAUGGACGAUGAAAUUUUAUCAUCCCAGACAGAGUACAAGUAUGCUCCGCUUCAAGGACCUCACUCAGUGCGACUUUUGACCCUGCAUCCCGCUGCAUCAUACGAAACACCUAUACGUAUCUCACUCCGUGAAGCCUCGCUAGAUGUCUCUGUCAAGUUCGCCGCCGUGUCUUACACAUGGGCUACAGAGGAUGGGGACUGCUCAUUGUCUAAACGCGUGGAAUGCGACGGGGCAAUCAUCAAGACUACGGCGAAUUGUGAUGCUGCAAUUCGGAGAAUACGCCAAGUUGAAAUAGGGUUUGACGUCUGGAUUGAUGCAAUUUGCAUCAACCAAUCCAAUGACGACGAAAAGAGUCUCCAAAUCCCACUGAUGCGCCAGAUUUACGGGAACGCGCUCUGGGUGGCAUUGUGGAUUGGCGAGGCGUCUUGCACUCUAGAUGAAGAAACAUCUCGACCCGUAACUGAUCUGGCAAUGGAAUUCUUUCACAAUUUCGCGAUUGAACUGCAGGGAAGUAAAGAUUCGGGCCAAAAUCCACGAGGUGGGACACUCUACCAGGAAGUGGUAAGAGAGCGAAAAGCAUUUCGGCGUCGCGGUGUUGGUGCAUUCUCCCCGCCAAUUCGAGGACUGUGGGAAAUCUUACAUCGGCCAUGGUGGAAACGGUUGUGGGUAGUGCAGGAGGUUUCCAUCGCACGAUCGCCUGUUCUCCUCUGUGGAAGUCAAUCGGUGACAUUCGACAAGGUGGAAGUCGUCAUCGACGGACUGGCGAGAGAGCAUCCUGGCAAGUCUGGUGAUGAACACGAGUUCUGCGCAAACUUCAUAAAUAGCACAUUCCCACACUUUGUCAUGAGAGAUUUCGUCAAGAGAGCUCAACUUCAGAGCGACUACACGUUCGGAAAUGCAGGGCCAGGACAAAAAGCCAUUCAAAUCCUUGACAACACUCGCAACCUUCGUGCGACUGAUCCACGAGACAAGAUAUAUGGAAUACAGGGCUUUUUCGGUGAUCCUCAAUCAGACCCGGAGAAUAUUUUUCCCGCUCCAGAUUAUAGCAAGACUGCAGCAGACUUGUAUGGUGAUGUUGCUCGAGGAAUCAUCAUCAAGACCAAGACGCUAGAUGUUUUAUCCACAUGCUACGGCUGCGUGCGAACAAUACCGGAUUUGCCAUCCUGGGCACCGUCCUGGAACCACACUCCACUGGCAUAUUUCUCAGUGACAGAUUUCAAGGCUGCCAACGACUCUGGUGUUGUGUAUGAGGCAUCUGGAGACAGGCAAUCUCUGAAAUUGAAAGGGAAAAGGGUUGACGUCGUGAAGCAUGUACCUGAGAUUCCAGGAAGGCUGGAAUAUACCGACCUCGAGUGCACUCGUCUGUGGCGUCAAUGGACUGACUUUGCCUUUUCCCUACAAUCCUACCCGACAGGGGAGAGUAUUGCAGAUGUUCUGCUGCAUACGCUAUGCUGGGGAAACAAUACGGCCUUGAAACGUUUGGCACUGGGUGAAUAUCGAACGAGCUUUGAAGUUUGGCUCAAGAUUUUGCAAUCUAGCAAUCCUCUGGAGGCGGUCGCAAGGGAUCUUUAUGAAGAUGAAAUGGCAUGCUCAUACACCCACAGGGCUGAGUUCUUGAUAUGGGGAAGAUCUUUGAGUACAACAGUGAAUUCGCAUUUGGCUCUGGUGCCAAUAAGUGCAUCUGCUGAUGAUCAGAUUGUCGUACUCAGUGGAGGAAAGAUACCUUUCGUCUUGAGAGCCACAGGUAAUACAUUUCUGGUUAUCGGACCUUGUUAUGUGCAUGGUAUCAUGGAUGGAGAGGGGUUUCCAAGAGAGGAAGCUGCGGAAGACUUGGAAUGGUUCACGCUUCGCUGAACAAUGGCAUCCAAAUCAUAGAGUUUAGGUUUUAACAGGAACUUAUUAGCAUGUGUCGUUUGUGACCUGACUGAUGUGGAGUGAGUGGCCUUUCUGCCUAAUUUUCAGUACUGAGGUCUACUGCCG